AUGGUGGACGCCAGAAGUGGCCUGAGCAGGUGCAGCGCGCUGUUGACUGCAGCGCUGCUGCUGCAUUUGCUGCUCGCCACGACUGCGGAUGCCACCAGCCUCGCCGGCAGCCCCUCGCCAGGCCCGCGCGCCGUUGGCCUGCCAGUGCUGCCGCUGGUGGCGCCAGGAGCUGCUGCGCGCGCGCCGCCUGCAAACACAACAGCUGCAGCCCCUGGUGUGAGCCCUGUGCAGGCGCGCCAGCCCGCGCCGGCCGCAGUGGCCAAGGCUGUGCCAAAGCCUGCGGCUGCGGCAGCCUCCGUCAAUGGUACACCCGUCGCGACAGUGGCGGAGGCACCUGCAGCCAUCGGCUCGCGAGGGGAACUGCGCAUCGGCUGCAUCGUGCCCCUCACAGGCAGCAAGGCCAACACUGGCAGGGCGGUGCAGGCCGCUGUGGAGAUGGCGAUCAGGGACGUAGGCGCCAAGAAGCUUCCCGGGGUCAACAUCGUUCUCACGUGCGAGGACACCAAGUGCACCGACGUCCCGGCGCUGUAUGGCAGCCAGAAGCUCGCUCGCAGCAAAGUCGGUGGGCGGCCAGGGAGGGGGCAAGGCUUUCGACAGGGCGGGUGGCGAGGGCCUCCCAGCUGCGGGCAGGCGGAGGAGUGGGGGCCGAGCCUGGCAUGA